AUGACCUCCCUCCGCCAGAUAUGCCCCCCCAAGCUGCUCGACAUCCCGCAUGAAGGUCUCAGUCGCUUUGUGACGCCGGGGUUCGCCUCGAACCUGGCUCGACGUGAAGAACCCAAUAUCGACGUCGACGCAGAGGGUGGCAUGCCCAUUGACCUUCCAUCAUGGCCCCCGAGCACCCACAAACCAUCGAUACCGCUGAUCUCCCCCCUCCUGAUGACCCUUGAUCAACUGCGAAACCCUGCCCCGAAGAAUACGAAUGUCAGUUUCCUUCGCCGCACUCAACAUAUCUCCGUGGACCGCGCCGCUGCGGCCACGGCCACUGGCGCCCCAGCCAGGCCGCAAGCACGCUCGACGAAGAAGGGGAAGACAUCAGUGGAUGAUCCCAAACACAUCAAGAAGUACAUACAAAAGGGAUUCGACAUCGCACACCCCGAAAGCAAGCACUCUGGUGAGGAUACUGAGAGCAGCAUCCGUGGUUUACCUGCCACAAAGACGGAAACCGAUGCGUGGGCCAAACCCGUUCACCCCGACAACCCGAAACUCAAGCCCGUCGGUUUCUUCCCAAUUCUCCCCGAUCUCCAAGGAUUCACCGACCCGGGCGGUUUCCUUCAAUUCAAGUUCGAUAAAGCACCAAUUCCCACCGCAGGAGGCAGACGUGAUAAGCGCCUCGAUGUGGCUAUUCUUCGCCCAAUUGCUCCCGAGGAACGCAUCUGCCAGGAACAUGCCUCGAAAGUGGCACUCCACAAGGCCGGUCCGGACCUGUACGCCGACCCCGGCGCCGUGCCGUGGGACUAUGAUCUACUUCUUCCGGAAAAGCUCGAGUCUGCGAAGAACGUCCGAACAAGCAUGAACCUGAACCACCCGAACCGCGAUAAUGAAGAGCUCUAUACCAACGAUGGACCGGACGGAAACAAAUACCACCGCUACGACCGAGUUCGUACCUUCGCUACAAGCGGCCAGGUCAUCAACAAUGACAAGCUGAGCGAUAUCGCCAUCUCGCUCAAUUCCGGCGACGGUAAUGACAGGCAGCGCGCGGCGUUUUAUUAUCCGAUUGUCGCAAAGACCCGUCUCAAGCCCGAGCGUGCUCGCACAAUUGCCCAGGCUGGUCUGGCUCCGGGUGCUUCUCAGGUCGAGGAAGAAAGGGUCGACCAGAUGCAGGUGACUAUUCGUGAUCCUGAUGAGUCGGAGGUAUACAAGCGUGCCCCUCCUGUUGAAGAAGAGGAGGCCGCAGAGGAGGACGAACAGCCUGCCGAGGAUGAUGACGAGGAUACCCGGAUGAGCGAUGAAUAG